UAUUUAGAUUUAUCGUGAAAAACUACAUCGAUCUGACCUUUUUUUUUUGAUAUUCCUUAGUGAAAAUAUGCUUGUAAAAUGAAGAGAUUCAAAAGUAAAAAGAACAUUAAAAGAUGAGUUUUUUUAAUCUUUUUUUCAAGAAAAUGGAUCUUUCAGAACUUUGGAAAAAAAUGUAAAAACUGAUAUAUUCUUACUCAGCUCGACGAGCUCUAUCCAGCCAUGUGUGAAAAAGCGAAAAAAACUUUUGCUUUAGUUUUGCAUUGUUUGCACCUCUCGUUAUCGAACGAGUGAAAUAUGAAACUGAGAAAUCCCUAGAAUCAAGCUGAAGCUCAUAUUAAAUGUGUUUUUAUUUGUUUAAAAAGUACAUAUGAUUUUCACACAAUAAGGUAUAUCUCAUACAGUAUUCCACUACAAAGAAUAAUAAGAUUUUGCAUCAGAAAAAUAUAUUUUUCAAAAACUUGCUAGGGAGGGGGUGGUUGAGUGCCCUUCUCCUCCCGACUCUGUCACUGGUUUUAUUUACAAUUCUACUUCAACAGAAAAACAAAUUCAAAGUUUCAUUGAAAACUAAUCUUUUUUUUUUCUUAGAUAAAAAACAAUUUUCUUCUUCUUUCCAUCAUAAUCUUUCGUUUUCAUUCUUUUCUAGAAUCAAAAUUUAACAAAUGGAAACAAAAUGCCAUCACUGUGGCUGGCGGAAAUGGAGAUGGACAAAAAUUAAAUCAACUCAAUUACCCUCAAGGAACCUUUAUUGAUAAAAACAAAAAUAUUUUCAUUGCUGAUUCUAGCAAUCAUCGUAUUGUUGAAUGGAAAUAUAAUGCAAAGGAAGGACAAAUCAUUGCAGGUGGAAAUGGCUAUGGAAAUCAAAUGGACCAAUUGUUUUCUCCAUUAGAUGUGAUUGUUGAUGAACAAAAUCAUUCGAUUAUCAUUAUUGAUUUUGGGAACAGACGAGUGAUUCAAUGGUUGAAUCAAACUCAGCAAAUUCUCAUUCACAAUAUUUACUGUUGGGGCUUGGCUAUGGAUAAACAUGGAUUUCUUUAUGUUUCUGAUCGAGAGAAGAAUAAAGUGAGACGAUGGAAAAUGGGAGAAUAUAACAACGAAGGAAUUAUAGUGGCAGGCGGAAAUGGACAAGGAAACCAAUUCGAUCAGCUCCAUUCUCCAGAUUUUAUCUUUGUUGAUGACGACCAAUCUGUUUAUGUAUCAGAUCGACAGAAUCAUCGCAUAAUGAAAUGGGGAAAAGAUGCAAAAGAAGGAACAAUUGUGGCUGGAGGAAAUGGUGAAGGAAGAAGUCUCAAUCAAUUGUCUUACCCUCAAGGAGUCAUUGUUGAUAACUUGGGUCAAAUCUAUGUGGCAGAUUCCAUGAAUGAUCGAAUAAUGCGUUGGUGUGAAGGAAAAGACGAAGGUGGAAUUGUUGUUGGUGGAAAUGGUGAAGGAAAUCAACUAAAUCAAUUACAUCAUCCUUUUGGUUUAUCCUUUGAUGGCGAAAGAAACCUUUACGUCGCUGAUUUGAGAAAUCAUCGAAUUCAAAAAUUUGAAAUAAUUUUGUGA